AUGGAUGUCAUAAAGCAGGAAUUCAAUACUACCAAAGCGUCGAUACGAGAACGUGAUGAUAAGAUAUCCCAGUACCAGAAGCGAUUGCAGUCUAUAACUGUCGUGGAUAAAAAUGUGUCGGCUUUAGCUGCAUCGCUCUCUACUGAGAUUGAGAGACGGACGCGUGCUAUUCAGUCUACUGCUGAUUUGCAGACCCUGUUGCAAGAUAUGGUCGCUGCUCAACAAGAUCUGAAAAAGUCCAACGAGGAACUUGUGUUGGCAAGGGAACAUCAGACGCAACAAAUAGCUGCAAUGGAACGUGAAAGUACUACGUGGAAUCACAAGCUAGGAUCUCUAGAAUUCGAGUUGGAUGAAAUGAGAGUCGCUGCUCUAUCUGCUGAAAAAAAGUACCGAGAAUUGGCUCAGGAAGUGUCUCAAGCACAAGAUGUCGUUGCUAGAGCUAAACAAGCAGAGACUGCAAAGGGUGAAGAGAAUAAAUUGCUGCAAGGAAAAGUCACAACCCUAACCAACAAGAAUCGAGAGCUUUCUGAGCAAAUACAAACAUUUUCAAGUCGAUACGAAGAUCAACAAAAGGUCAUUGCAAAGAUGAAUGUGGAACUUCAAGAAGCGAGACAAGCUGCUCAAUUAUCCAUAAGACAGAAUCACUUUACUCAAGACGAAGUCAAGGUUUUGCAAGGCACAAGAACAGAACUGCUUGGACGAAUCAAGAGCUUGGAGGACACCAUUCGAGAAAAGGAAGGAGAGAUAUUUGAAAUGGGCUUAAAGCAACGAGACCAAAAAGACGACUACGAACGAAAACUGGCCGAGGAACGUAUCAAGCUCGCCAAAUCACUCGAACAACAAUCCGUACUCGAACAACAACACCGUCAAGCCGAAGAAGAACGAGAAAAACAGUUGCACGACAAACAAGCUACAAGUGCAGCCGAACAACAGCAGCAUCAACUUGAGUUGGCUGCUGAACAAGUCAAGAUUGUGCAUGAUACGAAUGGGUCUGUGGGAAUUGAUCCUGAAAUGUUGGCCGAGAUGGAAAAGAGAUGGGCUGCUAGAGAAGCGCUUUUGCAGGCUGAUGUUAAGACUUAUAAACAAGCUUUGAUGGACAAGGAAGACUUGGUUGCCACCAUGAAGGCGAAGAUUGCCACUCUAUCCAAGCAUACGGUGGAUAUACGAUCAGAAAAGCUGAAAACGGUCGAACGUGAUCUUCGAGCGCGCUUAGAAGAGUUCUUGAUGAUGGAAGAGGCACUCGAGACUGCAUGCAUGUGUCCCUUAACCCUCGAACGUUUCGAGCACCCCAUGAUCCUAGUCCCAUGCGGCCACACAUUUUCCAAGACACCACUCGACGAACGCAAGGCAGAAAGUUUCGAUGGAAUCAAGUGCUAUGCCUGUGAGAAGAAGGCGGCUAAAGCAAUCAAGAACGAAGCCGUGGAACGAAUCGUGCUGGAAAUGGAUCGAAGGAAAAACUUUGUGUUGGCUAUGAGUAAUUUUAUGGCUGUUAUUUCUGGAACGAUAUAA